CGGAUUGCUUCCCGGUUCAAAUGGCAACACUGAGGAACCAAAAGCCGGAUAUAAAAAUUCUGUGUUUGAAAACUUUUUUCCAAAUGUUUUUAAAAGAUUUUAAAUGAAUACCUUAAGUGGCAAGCGUAAAAAGUUGAAAUGGUUUCUCUAGUAGCGCUAGCAGUUCUGUUGGCGUCGUUCGGAAGUGGAUACAGCAUCAGUUCGUUCCUGUACAUGAACAUACACAACAGUGGAUUUCACAGAGAAAUCCACUACACCCUGAAGUUUGCCGGAACGUCCAAAAUGAGCUGUGACUUGCUGCUAUUGCAGCAAUUUCCGGCUUCGAUGUAUGUAGACACCGAUCAGUUGACGACCAUGAAAAAAUUUAAAAAGAUCAACAGCUACGUUCCGCUGUAUGUCGACGUCGAGAAGCCGGAGAGUAAAUCGAGUCCCUUUGUGGUAUACCUUUUCGAAUCGCUUCGGAAGGAAGUGAACAUUACCUUGCCUAUUCACUUCCGGUACCACGAACCCUCGGAGAAAAAAUUUGAACGCAUUCAAAUUGAAAGCCCAACCGUGCACAUCCAGUGCCGAAACGGUAACGGUAAAAGCACCCUCAAAGGGCUGCCCACGCAAAGGUUGCCAUGCCCGAGCAGUGCUAUGAUCUACGACUACGACAAACUGGGAGAUGCAUCGUUUUGUGACUGGCAGGAGCUGGAAUUCAAUAAUGUACCGACUGUGAUUAGCGUCCUCAUACCGGUGGGAAAUAGUGCCUCGUACAAAUUCGUACUGCCAGCCACAAUCCUGGUCAGCUGGAUAGGUAGCAUGUAUCUAAUCUAUAUCAUUUUCCGUUCAGGUAAGCGAAUUAACAAAAAGCUCUUGUAGGGGAGUGUGAUCUCAAAUAAAAAACAUUCGUAAACUUAA